AUGAUCAAGAACAUCCGCUUCCGCACCUACGACUUGGGCGGCCACGAGACAGCAAGGCGCAUUUGGAAGGACAGGGAGAAGAGACGAUGUAGCGCCAGAUCUUCAGCAGAAUCCGUGAAGUUUUCAGAACAGGUGGAUGGCAUUGUCUUCCUCGUAGAUGCCGCGGCAUUGGCCAGCGUUCCCUUCGUCGUGCCAGAGACUUUGCGCGAUGUUUUGGCGUUACUUUCAGAGCUGGGCAACAAGAUCGACAUCCCCACAGCCGCCUCGGAGGACGAGCUCAGUAAGCUCCGGGGCUUCAGCAUGUUUCAGCAACAAAGGAUCUGUGCCUUGAAGGCGGUAAUCGCUGUUGGAUUUGCACCACUUCUGAGGCUUUUCAGCCACAUGACCUACGGUCGGGACGCGCGGGGCUCGGACGUUCUUACAAAAGCGGGUUGGAUCUGGGGUGGGCAUUGCCUCAGAAAUCUCACGGCCAAGAAAGGCGACAGCAGUGUUCGCCCUGUGGAGCUCUUCAUGGUCAGCGUCGUGAAGCGCUGGGGCAUGGGCUACGCGGAGGCUUUCCAGUGGCUCUCGCAGCUUGCGGGGCGCUUCUUCUCGGUGGGCCACUCCAACAAUGAGGCCGACCAGUUCUUCAAGCUCCUGGAGAAGUACAAUGUCAAGGAGCUCGUGGACGUGCGCAGCAUCCCCUCUAGUGGCAAAUUCCCGCACUUCAAGCGGAACGCGCUUCAAACGCAGUGCCAGCGCCGAGGUAUUGCCUACCGCCAUUGCCCGCAGCUGGGCAACAAAGGAGUAGAUGGUGGCAUCCUGGCCCUACUUGCGACAGAGGACGGCGCCGCAGCACUGGAGAAGCUGGCCUCCAGUGCGCGCCAAGCCACGCUGCUGGGCCCGAAGACUGCUAUGAUGUGCGCCGAGGCAGAUUGGCGCGAGUGCCACCGGCAAGUGGUGGCGCAGCGACUACUGGAGGAUUUCGGCAUAGUGGUCGCGCACAUCAAGCGCGACGGGUCGCUGGAGCACCAUCCUUCAAACCAUGUUCUGCCACCAUACUUCGGGGCGGCCAGAGCUGCGACGAUGGCUCCCCGAUUUGCCUCCGCCUAUUCCGCAGAGGCCUUGUGCUGCGCAGAGCCCGCCCUCCAUCAGAAUGGCUAUUCCCGCGUGAGCCCGAGCCUGGCUGGAACUGGGCACGGUGUUGACGGGCCGCUGGGGGACCACGCGGCGUUUGCACAGCGGGAUCCCCUGCAGAUGCCGCAUCCGCCUCCAGCGCCAGCUGCCGCGGAUCUGCCACCAGAGGCGUCAUCAGAGGCCUCUGCCAAGGAUGCCAAGCCCAAGCGCCGUUGGGGGCGUGUCUGA